AUGUGGAUUCURGGUCAGUGUGGUCUGACAGAGGGUUGCUGUUCAGAUCUGGCCUUAGUCCUGAGUUCACCCAACUCACAACUGAAACAACUGGAGCUGAGAGACAAUGACCUGCAGGACUCAGGAGUUACACUGCUGUCUGCUGGACUGGAGGAUCCAGACUAUAAACUACACACACUGGGGCUGUCUGGCUGUCUGGUCACAGGGGAGGGCUGUACUGCUCUGUCUUCAGCUCUGAGGUCAAACCCCUCCCACCUGAAAGAGCUGGACCUGAGCUACAAUCACCCAGGAGACUCUGCAGGGGDACUGCUUUCAGCUGCUCUGGUGGAUCCCACAUAUAAACUGAUGAAGCUGAA